UGUGAGGAGCACACGCGAGGCCAGCAAGUACAAAGAUGUCUGUGCCACUGUCUGUGCUGAUAUGUCUGUCGACUGUCCAGCUCUGCAUGGGAGAUCAGCUUGUGGAGGAAGUCAUCACUACAAAGAAAGUGCCUCUCCUGGGCGGCUGGUUCGAGCGGAAUCCAGAAUCAGUCGAGGUUCAGAAGGCAACUGAGCUGGCUGUGGAUCUGUUCAACGCACGAUCCAAGAGCAAGCGUGUGUUCAAGCUGGUUUCCAUCACUGCUGCUCAGACUCAGGUGACCAACAUGAUCAACUUCAGGAUCGACGCCGUCUUGAGGAAAACCAAGUGUCUCAAGACCGAUGAAAAACCAGACUUGGAGAAUUGCAAUUUCGAUAAAAAGCAUGUGAAGUGCGUCUUCGAUGUGACCUUCAACCCACGCGACAACAAACACGAGCUGCACAAUCACAAGUGCAAGAAAGUCAUCCCGGACAAAGUGGAACUUUUGGAUUAACGGAACAUUUUCACAUUGUAGUUUAGCUCCAGAGUUUUGACUUCUUAACUCAAUAUAGUGUUGAUGAGUUAAGAGCUGGUUGG